GGUUUUAAAAAUCUCAUUGUUUUGCCAGUUGACAUAAAGAUCGAUUUAGUAUCGGUCGUGCGCGUCCCAUGAUAAAAAUUUUAUAAAAUAAAAAUGGUUGUUAAAUCAGAAGGCGAAAAUCUUAGACCGCGGGGUCUAGGUGUACGCCAUGUUCAGACUUUCCUUUUAUUCAUGGCUAUGCUGCUGGCAUUCAGUAUGCGUGUCAACAUCAGUAUGGCUAUAGUUGACAUGACCGAUUCAAAAAAUGCUACGUAUUUCGACUGGAGCUAUAGUAUCCAGUCUAUGAUCCUGUCAUCAUUCUUCUGGGGCUACGUGUUCCUGCAGAUUCCUGGAGGUGAACUAGCGAGGAGAUUUGGAGGGAAAGUGCUGAUCACCAUCUCUGUUUCUGUGAACUCUCUGAUCUCAUUGUUUAUGCCAAUUUUGGCGCAGAUAGGUGGAUGGCAAAUGGUCAUUGUAUGCAGAACUCUUCAAGGUCUGACUCAAGCUUUUGUUUAUCCCUCUAUGCAUCAUCUAGUCAGUCAAUGGAUACCAAUAGAAGAGAAGGGAACAUUGACAACAAUUAUUUAUGCUGGGGCUCAACUUGGUAUCGCGCUACAACUUAUGGCAGCGGGUUUCCUGGCAGAGGCUUGGGGUUGGCAGGCAAUAUUUUACACUAAUGGAGCACUCGGGAUCAUUUGGACAAUUAUUUACUUAUUUAUCGGCGCUGGCAGACCUGAGGAUUCAAAAUAUAUAUCUAAGGAAGAGUCUCUAUACAUUCGCACCUCUUUGGGAAGAGUGGAAGAACCAAAGCGAGUUAAGACUCCUUGGUCCAAGAUUCUACUAUGCUUACCGCUUUGGGCCGCAGUCAUAGGGCACUGUGGACAAAACUGGGGUUUCUUUACCCUCAUGACUGAAAUGCCAACGUAUAUGGCCAAAGUUCUUGGCAUGAAUUUGACAAAGAACGGAGUACUAUCUUCACUUCCAUAUCUAGCUAUGUACGCGCUAAGCUUUCCUAUGGGAAUUAUGACUGAUAUCAUAGUGAGGAAAAAAUGGUUGAGUGUUUCCAAUACAAGAAAACUUUCAAAUACUAUAGGUCUUUGGGGUCCCGCAGUAGCCCUGAUUGGCUUAUCCUAUAUCCCAGAAGGAAACUUGACAUUAGCAGUAGUGAUGCUUACAGUAUCUGUGGGAGUAAAUGCUGGAACCUACACGGGAUACAUGCUGGUACUCAACGACUUGGCGCCAAAUUUCAGUGCAAAUCUUAUGGGCAUCUCAAACUGCUUUGCUAAUAUAAUUUCAAUCAUUGCUCCACUAAUUUGUGGUGUCAUCAUUCAGGAUGAGUCGGACCCAACUGAAUGGCGUAAAGUAUUCUUCUUAGCAUCAGCUGUCUACUUCUUUACCAAUCUGUUCUUUAUUUUAUUCACAACAUCUGAAAAACAACCUUGGAACGAAUCGGAGGAAAAUGAUAUUGAAACCAAACCGGAAAUAAAAGAAAAAUGAAGAGUCUACUAGUAUUUUAAAUAGUAUUUUGUACAUGACUGAGUUGUUACAGGGGAAAAACAAACGUUGUUAUUAUUUUAAGACAUUAUGCAUAUUAUAUGGAAUAUUUUACUCUAAAAUAAAUACUGUGAUUGUUUU